GCGGGAGCCCGAAGGCAGGCAAAGCACCGGCUGGCAACCUCGCUCUGCAAGCCUGGCCGCCAGUGCCCACCGCAGCUGCACCUGACCAACCGCCUCUGGGCGCCUCUCCCAAAGUAAUGGAGAAAACGUGUGCAGAUGUGUUCCCUCUGACAACCAAUUCCUCAGAAAAGCAAGAGACUGUCUGCAUUUUUGGAACAGGGGAUUUUGGAAAAUCCUUGGGAUUUAAAAUGCUUCAAUGUGGUUAUUCUGUUAUUUUGGGGAGUCGAAACCCCCAGGUGUCCAGCCUCCUGCCCAGGGGAGCAGAGGUAUUGAGCUAUUCCGAGGCAGCUUCAAAGUCUGACAUCAUAAUCUUGGCCAUUCACAGAGAGCAUUACGAUUUCCUCACAGAACUGGUUGACCCCCUCAGAGGAAAAAUAUUGGUAGAUGUCAGCAACAACCGUAAAAUCAAUCAGUAUCCAGAAUCGAAUGCCGAGUACCUUGCUCAGUUGGUGCCAGGAGCCCAUGUGGUCAAAGCAUUUAACACCAUCUCAGCCUGGGCUCUCCAGUCAGGAACGCUGGAUGCAAGUCGGCAGGUGUUUGUCUGUGGGAAUGAUAGCAAAGCCAAGCACAGAGUGAUGGACAUUGCUCGUACCCUUGGACUCACUCCAUUGGAUCAAGGAUCUCUUGUGGCAGCCAAUGAAAUUGAGAGCUACCCUCUGCAACUAUUUCCUAUGUGGAGGCUCCCUUUCUACUUGUCUUCUGUGCUGUGUGUCUUCUUCUUUGUAUACUGUGCUAUACGAGAAGUGAUAUAUCCCUAUGUGAAUGGGAAGACAGAUACUACGUUUCGCCUGGCUAUUUCCAUCCCGAAUCGUGUCUUUCCUAUCACAGCACUGGUCCUGCUUGCUUUGGUAUACCUCCCUGGUAUUCUUGCUGCCAUUCUGCAGCUCUACCGAGGUACAAAAUACCGCCAAUUCCCAAACUGGCUUGACCAUUGGAUGCUGUGCAGAAAGCAGCUGGGCUUGGUAGCUCUGGGAUUUGCCUUCCUUCAUGUCAUCUACACACUUGUGAUUCCUAUUCGUUACUAUGUACGAUGGAGACUGAGAAAUGGAACCGUUACUCAGGCCCUGACUAAUAAAGACUACCCAUUUAGUACCUCUACGGCCUGGCUUAAUGAUUCCUACUUGGCACUGGGAAUCCUGGGAUUUUUUCUGUUUCUUCUCUUGGGAAUCACUUCCCUGCCAUCAGUAAGCAACAUGGUCAACUGGAGAGAGUUCAGGUUUGUCCAGUCCAAACUGGGUUAUCUGACCCUGGUCUUGUGCACAGCCCACACUUUGAUGUAUGGUGGAAAGAGAUUCCUCAGCCCUGGGAUCCUAAGGUGGAGCCUUCCUUCAGCCUAUAUUUUAGCCCUCAUCAUCCCAUGCACAGUUUUGGUGAUGAAGUUCAUCCUCAUAACGCCAUGCAUAGACAAGACCCUCAUGCGCAUCCGUCAAGGCUGGGAAAGGAACUCACAUUACUCAAAAUCAGCACUGAAUGGAAAAACAGAUAUUUAGAACCAAGAUGAAUUUGUGGGGGAUUUCUGAAC